AUGAUUGCUUAUAAAGGUGGUGUGUGUCUUGAUAUUGCUACUAGAUGGAAUUCCACCUAUUUGAUGUUAGAUGUUGCAGUAAAAUUCAAGAAAGCUUUUCAGAGGUUGGAAGAUGAAGAUCCCACCUACAUUGCGGGUUUGUCACAUGAUACACCUUCUAACGAAGAUUGGGAAAAAGCAAAUGUAUUUGCUAAAUUCCUUAGAAAAUUUUAUGAAGCUACAAAAAAAAUGUUAAGGUCAAACUAUGUGACUUCUGACAAUUACUUUCAAGAGACAAUUGGUAUUGUGCUUUUUUUGAAUGACUGGGAAAAAGACACAAAUUCAAUACUUAACAACAUAUCAAAGAAAAUGAAAGAGAAGUUUGAUAAGUAUUAUGGAAGUGUUGAUAGAUCGAACAUGAUGGUAUUGAUUGCAACGGUUUUAGAUCCUCGAUUUAAAAUGAAAUAUGUGGAGUGGGGGUACAAAAAGAUUUAUGUUACUGGUGUGAGUUGUGAUGAUAUUGAGUGCGACCCCUCCUUAGACGAGUAUGAGGAGGAAAUGGAGGUAGAGGUUCAUGAUAUGACAAAAUCAGAGUUAGAGAUUUACCUCGAGGAGAAAUGUCUACCCGUGAAGUCCAACUUGAACAUACUAGAUUGGUGGAAAGUAAAUGCUGCAACGUAUAAGGUUUUCUCGUAUAUAACAAGAGAUGUGUUUCCUAUUCUGGUAUCUACAGUUGCUUCUGAGUCAGCUUUCAGUACAUCAGGUCGUGUACUUGAUCACUUUCGAAGUUCUUUAAGUACACCCAUUGUGGAAGCAUUAGUUUGUGCACAAGAUUGGUUGAGAUAUGCAUAUACCCCAACAACUUUUGAGGAUUACUUGAUGGAUGCAGAAAGUUAUGACUCAGAAAUUAAUGCACAUGAGGCAAGCAAUUUAGAGCAUGAAGCAUGA